GACUUACAAAGUGAAAGUGUUGUCUUUUCCCCAGCGUUGUUUCUCUAAUGUGUUGCGUUUAUCCGUAACGAUUGAAUUCAUUUCGAUCUUCUAAGAUGCCAGGCAGAAGAGGUCGUCCACUGUUUGGCAUGAGUGCUAGUGGAGCAACAGAGCUACGGAAACCUGGUGUCAGUGGUGACCUGGAUCAUUCGUUGUCGGGAGGAGCAGGAGACGGUCGCCAAGUGCAACCAGCGUGGCAAGAGGAGAGUAGAGUGAAGCCCACAUUCCCUACAGGCACAACAGUGACAUCAACAUCAUCACCAUCAUCAUCAUCAGUAGCAUCGCCAGUAACAGGAGGAGGAGAAGAAGAAGCAGGCAGAGGAGGAGGAGGAGGAGACGCCUCUUCGCCCACAAACACAACACCUCCGAAGAAGACCUUCACCCUGUCUGCAUACGCUGCCGAGUUCGUUCCAAGAUACAUGCAGACAAACACGCCUGAUGAAUUUCAGGCGGAAGAAGACGACAUGUUCGCCGGUGACCCGGCGUGUCGACAGAUGGCCGAGGUCAUCACGAAGCUGACGGUGAACCCGGGAAGCUUCUACGACCUCGUGAACCCGCUCAUCGACUCACUGAACGCCCACGCCGAAACGGAGCAGUCGCUGCAAAUCUGCGUCGACCUCGUCAUUGAUCAGGCAAUUAUGGAACCAAACUUUACGUACACUGGAGCAAGGCUAUGUGAUCAUCUGUCAAAACACCUUCAUGUUAAAGUUGCAUCGGGCAACUUCAGACAACUGUUGUUAGCAAGGUUACAUUUGCAGUUUAAGAAGAGAGAUGAACUGAUGGCAAACGAAUCAACGAUACAUCUUGUACAGGGCCUGUUGGUGUUUCUUGGAGAACUGUUUACGCAGAUGGAGGUUGUGAAAGACGGACGCUCCCAAAAAAUAGAACUAUUUUAUGCCGCAAUUAAAAAUGUGAUAAACACGUUGCUAACGCAGCCAAACGACAGCAACUUGGUGUGCGUUGCACGAGUGUUAAAGAUGACAGGGGCAGGGCUAGAGGAUAAGGAGAGAGAGUUAGUGGGAGCACCACUAACUGAAGCACAAGAUUCACUCGAUGCCAUAUUCCAGCACAUUAAGCAGCUAACGAUGGAGACCAAUGUAUCGAUGCGAACAAAGAGCCUUCUGGGUAAUGUGAUAGAUCUGAGAGCAGCUGACUGGGGUCGCACUCCGGGCUCCCCAGCCGUGAACGCUGACAUGUCUCCACCUAUCGGAGAAUUCGCAUCUAACGUCCCAGUAUUUUACAACACAGAUGGCAGCACAGUUCCAAUAGAAGAUAUGGGAUACUAUUAUGACAGUGAAGUUGGCGACUAUGUGCCUUAUUCCUCGGAGGAUGGCAGUGAGAAUUCUGCUCUUUAUCAGAAUGAAAUGGGUCCAGAUUUGCAGGAGGUUUUUGACGAUAUAGAUGAUGAAAUAGCGAGUGAUUACGAGAAGUUCAUGAUGGAUUCGCAGAAGUGAAACAGCUGUCCAGGACGCAAGUGCAUAGAUCAAUCUUCUCUCUCUUUAAAGUGCAAUUCAUAGCAAACCAAAAUCAAAGAAAAAACCCACCAACGUUUUUAUAUUUUUGCAGUAUUUCCAUAAAGCGGCUAAACACUUUUUGCAUACUUUACAUUUUUGCAUGAACCUGUUACUGAAUGUAGCCUAUUGCAAAAAAAUGCCAGCGGAUGGAAAAUGCACGAUUAAGGGAAUGUACCGCUUCAUCUACGUAAUUAAGGAUGAUUUUACAUGAUGCCGUUUUGUGUGAUAUACGUUUGGAUCUAAGACAAAACAAAAUUCAUUAUCACUUUGAUAGCAUUAGAAGGUGAUUUGACUUUGAUUUGCUACAAAUGCAGGUUUAUACCGAAAGACAAAUUUUAAUCAGGUGAAAUGAGUGAAUAUUCCAUUGGCGUUUCUUUGCCAUACAUUCGAAUGGUGUAUUUUUAGGAUUAUAGGUAGCAAAUUAUUUUGAAUAAUUAUUUUUGGCUGUGGUAUAUUUAAAUCAUUUUAUUUCGUUUUUAGAAAAUGGAUGGGGAACAAUUUUAGAUGACAGGCUCAUUUUUAGAUGAUUAAGAAGACCUCAGAUUGUGUCUCAGCGAUGCUUUUAUGGCCACUGACUGAAUUUGGGUGGGGAGGUCUUCAUAAUUAGUGAAUUAGGAUAAAUAAUUUUAUUGUUAGUACUGGUAUGGGAAGUUAUUCUGAGUAAAUUGUGAAUCCCUUUUCCAGAGCUUUAAGCUCAGGACAGAGGUUUGUGUAGAACUGGUAACACUUGUUUCCUUCUGACGUCACGGACCUUGGCAGUGAUUUCUGUAACUUGGUAAUGAUAUGUAGACAGUAGAAGAUUUGUGCUCGUGGAUUUUACAUGACCUUCUCCACAGCCAAUGUGUAUCACGCCAAUUAAGAAAUGCCUGGAAAUGCACGCAGGUUGAAUACCGACCGAGAUGUCUAUGGCACCUUGCUAGUGUCAUCUAUGGUCCUGAUACAUCGUACAGGUUCGCUUAUAUUCAAUUUCUGUGCUAUUCAAAUUUCAUGAUCUAAGGUGACUGAGUCCAUUUAUUGCAAUAGUUGGGACUGAAAGAACUUGCUCACUUGCGUAGGGUCUUAUAAAUGGUUGUUCGUGGGGUGGCGCACUGCCAUGUUUUGUGAUGAGUACCUACUCGUCUUUCUACACUAGUUCCUGCUCACCAAGUCUGUUGUCAUUCGUUCCAAACGUGCUCAUUAAUGGUUUCUCUUGUUUCCAAAUAUUAUACAUGGUGGAGAGCCAAGCGAGCAGAUAAGGAGGGCAAAUUCAGUAAUGGCUACAUAUUACUAACGACUGAAAUCUGUGAUUAUUGUUCUAAUACACAACGACAAUCUGGUUUCGAUCCAGUGAUGGUUAAUCAUUUCUGAGACAUUUAAAAUUUGGUAUAAAGAUUAUUAUUCCUAAAACUCGAUAGAUAGGUUGUGGUUACCAACCAUGAACAAUACUCAUUUAGGUUUUAUAUAUUUUGUCAGCGAAAUGCACAGACAAAUAUAAAUGAGCUGUUUCCUAAUAGCUGUGCUUUAUAACUUAUUUGCUUUUUAACCAGUUGAUGCUUAGAAAAUCUUCCUGUUCGUCUGUAUUGACUCUUUUUAACAAUAACCUUUGUUUUCACCUGCUUGUGCGAGUUCCAUGGCUUAACUACAUGUAUAGACGUAGUUGCUUAUAAACAGGAUAAAUGAUGUACAAAGUGUAAAAAGGGGAUAAAAUUAAAAAAAACAGGGUAAUAAAUAUAUGUAAUUGAGUAAUGAAUUGGAUGGUGACUGUAUUCGGUGGUGCAGGUUUUAUCCUACGAUCGGGUUUUGUGUCUGUUAAAUGGUGUUCAAUGGUCGUUUCUAUGUUAUUAAUGUUACAGAAAUGCUCAUUGGGGCAUGACUUCACUCUAGUUAGUAAAAACCUUCCAUGCACUACGUAGUACAGAGAAGCCUACAUUACCUAGAGCUAAGCAUGACAAUGUUACAGACAUGCUUCUUAUUUCAUGUAUAUGUUACAAAUGUGCCAGCCAUAAAAUGCCCAUGUUACCUAGGUGUGCAUUGAUUGCUUCAAUGUGCCCCCCCCCUCCUUGCUACAAACUGCCAAGACUUCAUUAUUAUCAUAGGACAGAGGGUAUUUCACAGGUACCCCAAACACCAGGAAAAUGUCAUGUUCUCCAUAUAGCUUCUUGCCCAUCUCCAUGUUGCUCCCACUGACUUUUUUAACAAUCGUGCAUUUAUUUGGAAAGAUCUCAAACGCAGUGUUACCUCUCCCGUCCAUCACCCAACCUCUGCCAAACGGCAGUUUGUAAUUUCUUGUUAGGCGAACGCAGUAUGCGAUGGCUUUGUUAUAUUAAGCAGAGAUAUGAUACUUUGUGUACAUUUCUGGUAGGUGGCAAUCACAUAAAAAACUGCAGAGAAGGUAUUGUGAGAUAGCCUUAGAACUAUAGCCAUUCACUCUGCCACAGGUGCCUGUGGCAGAGGGAAGGGCUAUAGUUCUAGAGCUAAUUGUGAGACAGCUAGGAAAAAUUUUAAUGGUUCCGAGGGUGUUAAUAUCAACUUGUUUCUGUAUGCGACUUGCACUCUGGUGGGUUCGUUAUAUUCGAGCAAAUAGCAGAAGUGACUAGCUGUCGGUUUAAACAUAGAUAUAUACAACACAUAUAUGUGUUGUAUAUAUCUAUGGUUUAAAGAAUGUUGACAUCUCGAUUCUAGUUAUGUUCAGCAUGCACCGUGAAACAUGCCAGCUUGUAAUCAAUUUAAGUAACUAAGCUGUGUAUAUCCCUCAUUCCUCUACUCUAGAUGCGCUGUGUGGGCAACCAUUUUUAUACUAGUUUUUAAAAGUAAAAUGAUGUGGAAGAACUGAAGAAUGUACCUAUAUUUAUAGCUUUUGUGUUAAAUAAAGUUUGGGAUAAAAACCUCAA